AUGUCCGAAGAGGAAAAAAUGUACCACGAUUUGUUCGGCGUCAACAGCCAAACAGAAGAAUGUGGCCACACUAAAAAGACACCGAGAAAGAAGAGAAAUGAAGCAGUUCAACUUUCUGAAGUGAUAUUUGAAAAUAACAACGAUGUAGAAGACAACGGUGGCGAUAACUUAUCAUGCUGGGACACAGUUCUGUCAGUUCACACAGAAGACCUCACUCGCCGAGGCGUAACUCGUAAAAUCGCUUCAGAAAUUGCCUUCGAGUGUCGUCAGUGGGCAAAAGAAGACAACGAAAGAAAGGAAAAACAGUUAAAAUUAAAGUCGGGCAUUUCUGACACGCCUGCACAAAAGCUUGCGAAAACAGGGCAAUAUGUCAAUGCAGAGAGUUCCGACUCAAACAUCCAAGAAAAUGUCCGAGAAUCUCUUUGUGAGCUUGCCGAAGAAGAUAUCAAAGUCAAAAAGAAGAAACGUUCAAGGAAAAUAAAACGAAAACACAGAAAGAUCAACCCUUUAUGUGAUUCAACUACAGGCAACGACUCAGAACAACGUUAA